AUGCUUUUUAACAUUAAAGAAAAUGAAAUAAAAAAAAAAAAAAUUUUACUAUUACUUUUUUUAUUUUUAAUUUAUGAGCAAUGUUUGUUUAAAUUUGUUUAUUCCUUCGCUGUUAGCCGAAGGUCAUUAGUUUUAAACUCGUUAGGAGACACCAAUGGGGGGGCGCAUGUUAAAAAAAAAAAAAUAAUCGAGAACAAAAAGCUUCUCCUGGAUAUUGGAAAUAGUCUUAAAGAGAAUGAUAUGCAAAAAUCUUUAAUACACCUUGAUAAUUUACUAAAUAAUUAUGAGCAUGAUAAAAAGUUUUCAAAAAGUAUGAGUAUGCUUUGUGGUAAUGUUUUGAACUUAUGUAGUAGAUUUAAUGAUAUUAAUAGCAUGAUUAAGAUUAUUGAAAGUAUGAAAGAAAAGAAGAUAGAGAUGUUAGAAAAUUCUUAUCUAGCUAUUUGUAAUUAUUAUAUUUCAAAUAAUUAUAUAUAUGAAUAUUUAUUAACAAUUAAUAAAAUGAUAGAAAAAAAUAUAACAAUAAGAGAACGGUUUUAUAAACACAUUCUAGUAAGAAUUAUAGACCUUCCAUUGGAUGAGUCAACUUAUGAAAAAAUAUUAAACCCAAGCAAUAGCUUAAGUUCAAAUAGUUAUGAAACUGGAGGGAAGAAUAAAAUAAAAAAUAAUCGAAAAAUAAAUAAUAAUGAAAAGGACAAUAAUAAUGUGGAUAAAAUAAGUGUAAAAAGUAAACGAUGCAAUUUAAUAAAUAAUAUAGACUAUGAUAAUUUUAAAGAAUAUAUCAUAAAAUUAAAUAAAUAUAAUAUAAAUUUAGAAGAAGAAGAUAAAAAAUAUAUUUUAAAUAAUUAUUUAAUAAUUGAUAUAUUUAAUCAUAUGAAUUCCAAUAAAAUAAAAAUUAAACUUAUUUAUGUUUUGAAACUUAUUCACUAUGUGUAUGAAAAUAUACAACAUGUCAUAAAAAAAAUUGAUGACCACUAUAUUUUUAACGAUAUAAAAAAUAACAAGGAACAAAAUGACAGAGAGGAAAAUGCAGACAAAAUAUCUGUCCUUAAAAACAUACUUAUGGAACAAAUACAAACCAUUUUGGAGUUAUACAAAAAUAACUAUGAAUCGAUGAAUAUAAAUAUAAAAAAAAUUCAAGAAAAUUUAGAUGAAGAGGAAAAACGUAAUUUAUAUUAUUGUGUUAAUAAAAUAGUUAAAAAAAUUCCAUUUAUUAAAUUAACAGAAAAUAUUAAAAAUACAUAUAAUUGUAAAAACUGUGAUGAAAAUAUAAAUACAUAUUUCUUAACACUUAAACAAGUUAUAAUAGCUAUUAUUAAUAUUAUACUUAUUACUCACCUUUUUAAUUACAAAGAAAUAUAUAAAAUAAAACAUUUUUUUUCAAUACUUAAUGGUGAUCUUGACAGUCAAACUUCGUCUACACAAAAUGAAGACACCAAAUCCAAUAGUGAAAAUGUAGAAAAACAGGGGGAUGACAAUACAAGUAACAAAAGUGAAACAAAAGGAUCUUUUCAAAACACAAGGGAUAUAAAAAAACAUUUUAAUGUUGGAACUUAUACAUGUUUAUUGGAUGGAGCCAAUAUUGGAUAUAAUAAACAGAAUGUCGAAAAUGGAAGGUUUAGCUUUUUACAAAUAGAAAUACUAAAAGAAAUAAUUAAAAAAAAAAAAAAUGAAACACCUUUAAUAAUAUUACCUAAAAUAUAUCAUUAUAAAAAUUCGUUAAAAUAUUUACAAGGGGAACAUGAAAAUGAAGAAGAAAAGACUUCAGACAUUUUUAUACCAAACAAAACAAUUAAAAUUAAAAAAAAAAAUACAACAAAUCAAGGAGAAAAUGAUAAUAAACAAAAUGAUGCUCUUUCAUAUAUAAAAAAAAUUUUUAAUAAGUUAGAUAAUACUGAUGUUGAUAUAAUAAAGAAAUGGGAAAAAGAAAAAUGUCUCUAUAUAUGUAAUUAUAAUAUGUAUGACGAUUACUAUUAUAUAUUAGGAAGUUUAGCAAAAGGGAAUAAUUUAUUUAAUAUAUAUUAUUAUAUAGAUAUGCUAUCAAAACAUUAUUUUAUUUGUGAAAAUUUAAAUCAUAAUAUAAUUAUAGAUUAUUAUUCUCCUAACGAUGAUUCCACUUUAGGAUAUAGUCAUAGAGAAAUUCUACAUAUCCAUAAUAAUUUAAUCUAUGACCAAAAUACAAAUAUAAUGGUAUUAGUUACUGAUGACAAUAUAAAGAUGGAAAGUAAAUACAUUUCUAUGAAUGAGCAAUAUUAUAACGAUAAAAUUAAGAAACAAUAUCAAAACAUCAAUAGUGAUAAUAAUAAUAAUUAUGGUGGAAGCAAUAAUGCCUUCAAACAGUUUGAAAAAUACAAAAAAAAUCUAAAUUUUAAAGACAAAGAUGAAAUAAAUUAUGAAAAAAAUAUUUUUAUGGAAACCUAUCGCUAUGAUCCUGAUACUGGUAACCACCUAUUGAUGGAAACACAAUAUGAGUCAGAAGCGGAAAAACAGGUCCCCGAAAAAGGUGGUGAAAAAAGCGGUGAUAAAAAAGGACUUCAUUACAGUAAUAUAUAUAUAAAAUGCGUAAAAAACUCAGAUAGCACGCAAAAACCAAUAUAUAUAUACACAAAUGAUAAAAUGAAAAACCAUUAUUUUAAUGAAUAUACAAACUUUAUAUUAAAAAAAUGGAAAAAAAAAAGUUUUGUAUCUUUUUAUUUUAAACAACCAAUAUCAUUAGACGAUUUAAAAAGACAAUCAGAAAAUGGUGAUAUUGAUAUAAAUGAUAUUAUACAUAAUUAUAAAUUGCCAUAUAUAAAUUUAGAAAACUCUAAAUUAUAUAUCGAUGAUAUUAUAUCUUAUAAAAACAAAAAAAUAUAUCAUGUUAAAAUUAAUUCUCCUGGAAAAACAUUCUUAUCUUAUCAAAAUGAAAAUAUUCCAUUUAUGCACUAUAACUCAAAUAUAGUUAAAUAUCUCUGUAUAGAUCUUUCCAGGAUUUAG